GUGGAAUUAUGAGGCGACGCGAUAUAAAAGCCCAAGAAAAUGAUUCAGUCCGAAGAGACUUGUAAUCCAAUCCUACUUUCCAGGAAUACAAAAAGGUUUUGCACCUCUCCUAGAAGACUAACCGAACAUGGGAAAAAAAAAAAACCAACCAAAUGACAAAGAAAUUACAAAAGCAAUCAUAAUUCCAAAUUACUCGUAUCAUUCUUUUUGCUGCUUCUCUUCUCUUGCUACUGCGCGCAGAUUUCUCAUCCCUUUCCUCAGAUGUCUGAACCACGAAUUUUGUAACGUAUGUUACAAUGGACCACCAAGCAAAGGGAUACGGGAGAGCUAACAUCUCAAGUGCACCAAUUUGUAGCGAUGUUUUUGAGCCUACAACAAGUAGUUUUGACGAGUCGGAAGCUAAGCAGCGAGCAACUGUAUUGGACUGGCUAAACAAUAUUCUUCCCAAUUUAAGUUUGCCAACAAAUGCUUCAGACAAAGAACUGAGAGCUUAUUUAAGCGACGGGACUGUUUUAUGCCAGAUUUUGAACAAGCUGAGGCCGGGUUCCGUGAUUGAGUGUGGAGGCUACCAUCCUUCAGAAUCACGUUUGGAUAAUGUAAAAAGGUUUUUGGCAGCUAUGGAUGAAAUGCAAUUGCCUAGGUUUCAAAUGUCUGAUCUAGAGAAGGGAUAUAUGAAAAUUGUUUUGCAAUGCCUUCUCACACUUAGAGCUCACUUCAUGCCAAAUGGUGGUGGAUGUAAUCUUUCUAGCUCUAGUUCGCCUAAUAAGUCUGGGAAUGAUGUUAGCAUGAGUUGGAAACUUUUAGGACAAACUCCUGGAGGGAAUGCUAGUUCUAGAGACGAAGUAUCUCCUCAAGCAUAUACUUCCACAUUAUCUGGAGAAGAUAGGAGGAAGGCUGCGUCCAACUCAAAGUUUCAACGUGCAUUGCGUAGUCCUGUCAUGGCAGAGCCAUCAGCUGCACUAAUACAUCAUGUAGGGCAUAAGUUCCAUGAAGUGUUUCAGCUGAAACAAGGUUGCUACGCGGAUCUUCCUGCUGCUAAGAUUUCUGAAAUGAUGAAAUCGAACAGUUUGGAUGUAAGUUUUAAUGCCCCAACUCAGUCUCUCUUGAGUGUGGUGAAUGGAAUUCUAGAUGAGAGCGUUGAAAGGAAGAACAGUGAAAUUCCUCAUAGAGUGGCAUGCCUAUUGAGAAAAGUUGUGCAGGAGAUUGAGCGGCGUAUAUCUACUCAGGCAGAACAUUUGAGAACUCAAGGCAAUCUUUUCAAGGCUCGUGAGGAGAAGUACCAGUCAAGAAUCAAAGUACUUGAAGCCCUUGCUACUGGGACUAAUGAAGAGUCACAAGUUGUCAUGAACCAACUCCAGCAGAUAAAGACUGAAAAGACAAAAAUGGAGGAAAAGAAAAAGGUUGAAGAACAGGAUGUGAUCAGAUUGGUGAAGGAGAAGGAGCAGAUUAACAACGAAAUUUGGACAUUGAAGCAAGAACUGGAAACAGCUAGGAAAGCAAAUGAAGAGUGCUGCUUACGAAUGGAAUACGAAGGCAAUAAAACUCAACAAGAGCUUGAGGAGAGGUUGAAGGAAGUUAUGCACCUCCUAACAGAAUCUAGGAGUAGGGUUAAAGAGCUUGAGGCAUAUUCGGAGUCCAAAGAUGAGCGGCUGAACAAGAAGGAAACCAUAUACCAAAGAUUUACAGAUUUCCAACUUGGUGCACUGCGGGAAUUGAAGAUUGCUUCACAAACAAUCAAACAAGAUACUUUGAAGAUACAAAAGAGCUAUUCAGACGAAUUUCUUCACUUAGGGACAAAGCUUAAAGCUUUAGCAGAUGCCUCGCAAAACUAUUAUGCAAUACUUGCAGAAAAUAGGAAGCUGCAUAAUGAGGUUCAAGAGUUAAAAGGAAAUAUUAGGGUUUAUUGUCGGAUAAGGCCAUUUCUACCAGGACAGAAGGAGAAGCAGUCCAUCAUAGACUCCUUAAAUGAGUAUGGGGACUUGACUAUUGCCAACCCAUCCAAACAAGGAAAAGAUGGUCAGAGGUCAUUCAAGUUUAAUAAGGUCUAUGGUCCGGAAGUAGCUCAAGCGGAAGUAUAUUCUGAUAUCCAACCACUGAUACGCUCUGUUCUUGAUGGAUACAAUGCGUGCAUAUUUGCUUAUGGUCAAACUGGUUCAGGGAAAACUUACACAAUGACUGGACCUGAUGGAGCAUCUAAGGAGGAGUGGGGCGUCAACUAUCGAGCUCUAGAUGACCUUUUCAAUAUUUCUCAAACAAGAAGCCGUAUCUUUACGUACGAACUUGGAGUUCAAAUGGUUGAAAUCUAUAAUGAACAAGUGCGUGACUUACUAUCCAGUGAUGGUUCUCAAAAGAAACUUGGGAUUUUGUCUACCUCCCAACCCAAUGGGUUAGCUGUCCCUGAUGCUUGCAUGCACCCUGUCAAUUCAACCGUUGAUGUAGUAGAACUAAUGGAAAUGGGAUUGAAGAAUAGAGCUAAAGGUGCUACUGCAUUGAAUGAAAGAAGCAGUCGUUCGCACAGUGUUCUUACUAUUCAUGUCCGCGGGAUGGAUGCAAAGAACGGCACUUCUUUGAGAGGCAGUCUUCAUUUGGUAGAUCUUGCAGGAAGUGAAAGAGUAGAUCGUUCUGAGGUAACUGGAGAUAGGCUUAAGGAAGCUCAACAUAUAAACAAAUCAUUGUCUGCUCUCGGAGAUGUCAUCUUUGCUUUGGCACAAAAGAGUACUCAUAUUCCCUAUCGAAAUAGCAAGCUCACUCAAGUCCUUCAAACCUCUCUAGGUGGUCAUGCGAAGACUCUUAUGUUUGUGCAGCUUAAUCCCGAGUUAAGUUCAUAUUCCGAAACUCUAAGUACCUUGAAGUUUGCUGAGAGGGUCUCCGGGGUUGAGUUGGGUGCAGCAAGGACCAACAAAGAGGGCAGAGAUGUUAGGGACUUAAUGGAACAGGUGGCAUCUCUCAAAGACACGAUUGCGAAGAGAGAUGAGGAGAUUGAAAGGCUGCAAUUGCUUAAAGAUCUAAAAAACGUGUACCCAGCUGUCAAUGGUGAGAAGCAUUCUCCAAGCUCAAUAAGGCCUUGAUGCUCCAUGGAAUCAGUUUCCUCUACUAUUUUAUUGAAUGAGAAAUAGGACAAGUUGUGACCCAAACAAAAGGAAGGAAGAAAUGUGCUAUUGGAAGCAAUCUACCAGUCUUUCCUCUCAAAAGGCAGCAGUACUAGGAAGUAAUUGCACAUAUUUAGCUUUAGUUUAAAUAGUCCAUGUGCAGUUGCACAGAUUUUGCACACAAAAUAUAGUUCAGUUUAUCCUUUUCAUAGGCCUAACUUUGUUAGAAUUUGUUUUUGAAUGCUUGUGUGGUUCCCCAGAGAAAAUGUAACAUCUCAAAUUUUCGGACGUCUUAUUAAAAGAUUUUCCAAAAUAAUUUCUUA